AUAAGUAGAUAAUUAUUUACUAUUUACCAUAAUAAUAUCAAAAAUUAUAUAUAACUCAGAACCAAAGAUCAACAGGAAAUGAAUGAAACAUACGUAUAAUUUAAAUUUAUUGGUAAUGCAAGGUUCCAAAUUGAAGGCCUCUUCUAUAUCUUCCCUUCAUUUCCACAAUGAAUCACUAGGAUGGAAUUAAAGGUUUGGGUUGAAGGGAUACAACGAAUAGUAUGUGGUGUUACUGAAGCGACAACCUGCCAAGAUGUGGUUUUUGCUCUAGCUCAUGCUACUGGUAAAUCUGGUAGAUUCAGUCUUAUAGAAAGAUGGAGAAAUAACGAAAGGCUUUUGGCGCCGUCAGAACAUCCUCUAAAGAUUUUGAACAAAUGGGGAGAAUAUUCGAAUGACGUGCAAUUUAUACUUCAAUGGAAUGAGAAAUCUACAACUAAGCUCAAAGGCUCCCAACAUAAUACAAGUACACCACAAGUUUUGAAUCUAAGUACCAGUUCUGAUGAUAGUAAAGAACGUUCAAAGCAAUAUUCUUUCAACUCGAGUCAUCACUCUAGUUCAGAUAACAUAGGUAUAGUUAAAGGUAUCCAACAAGUUAAACCGCCCAGCAUAGAUGUUAAAAAUACGUAUACCCCUUCACCUCAAAGUUCUCCCAGGAGAAGCAAUCAUUCUGAAUCAGAGAAGUCUGGUUCACCUAGUCAUCGAAUUGCUCCUCCUUACAAAGAUCCUCCAGCACCUCCCCCUUACAGAGAUCCUCCCCCACCUGCUUCUACUGUAAAUCUAGAGAAACAAAGAACGAACAUAUUACAGAAUUCUAGUAAAUCUUCGAAUAAAUAUAAAGAUGAUAGUUACAAGUUACAAGAAUCUGUGUUAUAUAAUGCUCAGUAUAGAGAACUGAUAACACUCAUCAAUUACCAGAGGGAGAGACUGACAAAUCAGCAAGCUGAUCUUACUAAGUAUGAUGCUGAAAUAGUAUUUUGGGAAUCAAAAGAAAGAGAAAAACAGCGGCAAUUAGAAUAUAUUGCUCAGGAACUCAUUGCGAUUACCAAUACUAGUAAAAUAAACCAAGAGCAAAUACAAGCUCUCAGCUCUCUAGAGGAAGAAAAUGAAAUAGUCAAGCAGCAAGAAAAAACAUUGAUGUCGGAAAUUACUUUGUUGAGGUCCAAAUUGGCGAAUUGUGAAACGGAACUUUUGCAAUGUAAAAAUAAAAUGAGACUGCUGAUGGAUGAGUAUCAGAUGGAACAGAGGAUGCAGAUGAGAAAAUCUGAAUCCAGGAAACAAUUUGAGAAAACUUUACUUGCUGAAAUGGAAAGACUCGAAAAAGACAUCGAUUUAGCCAAACAAAGUACAGAGUUACAUCACUUGACUGCUGAAACGUUGAAGAAAGAGGUAGCUGCUCUGGAAGCUGCAAUCGUUGAAAAAAAGCGGCAAGUCGAACAUUUAGUUGAUGAGAUGAAAGAAGCUAACCUUGAAAGUCUAAUCGCUGUUCCUUCUGAAGAUAUAAGACAAAUUGUUGAAGGACCAUCUAAGGCGGGUAGUACAAGGAAAAUGAUAGGAUCUCCAAGACAGCUGGAGAACGCAGUACCUACAAAUAAAAAUCCACAUGGUGUAUGGGUUUGAAAACCUGAUGUUAAUCUUACACAUAUCGCUCAAAAUUCAGAAAAAAUCUUUGGGAUCACGUUUUAGGAAAAGACGUUUUUAUAUUUUCAUUCACACAAAAUAUGAGCAUUCAGCAGUGAUUAUUUAGUUUUCAAGAACAAAUAUUCUCUUCAAUUGCUUCCUGCAUAUCACGCAUACCAAAAAAUAUUUUAUCGGGACACAAACAGCUAUAAAAAAAAUUUUAUCUAAAUAAUUUUGCACUCUUUAAAUUGAAAAAUUUGGUCUUUGAGAAAUAACUUCUAGUUAUUCUUCGCUAAACUCAAAUUCAAUAGAAGUGAUUAGAUCUAUUCCUACACAAAGCUCUGACGUAAUAAAAUCGUUCGUUGCCGGUUGCUGUUGGUUAACUUGGGGCAGGCAAAACGUUUCUAAGAACCAGUGUUUAUAAAAUUUUGUCUGCCCUACAGUAACUUAACGAAUUUGACAAUUCGUUAAAAAUCUAACCAUCACAUAGUUGUCAAUCGCAUUAUUGUUAACCAAGAGGAUAUAAAAAGGAGGAUCAAUUCAGUUCAGAGACUUUCGGGAGGGUGAUGACGUAUGGGGUGGUCAGAUAAAGCCUAAUUUUAUGAUAACUAAACCGAUGUGCGCUAGUGUGACGUAGGCUGUGGCAACACUCCUGUGUCUCCGAGUAAAUCCGAUCUCUUUUCUCGCCUCCUUUCAAUUUCCUCUUGUUUAUAAUAAUGGUUUUUGCCAUCAGUAUAUCUGCAAGUUGAUUUAAUGUAAAUUCACAAAAUUUAUUUUAUACUUCUUCAGUUAUCACAAUAUACAUUAGUUUGAUGUGAUAUUUGUCUACGUGAAUAAAUGAGUCAAAGAAAUAGGAUUUAACCUAUUCUUAUUAUUUUAAUUGUAUUAAAAUUGGAUAUAUAUUCAUAGAAUACCUAGAUAUAUAUAGAUGAUAUAUAACUGCAACAGUUUUAUGUAUAUUUAUUAUUUGUUGAAAUGACUCGACAAAAUAUAUUUUCUGUUUAAAAAAAUUGAAAUACUGUGCAAUACGUUAUCACAAUUCGGAGAACAUUUAGCGUUAAUCAAAUCAAAGAGUGUUUAUACAGGGAUUGAGUGUAAAUGCGGCCCCAUUUAAAACCUUUUUUGCCACUGCGUAAAAAAAAGUUUCGUACGAAAGUUUUAUGAUUUUAUAUCAAUUAAAAAAUAAAUUUAAUCUUACAGGGUGUUUCAGAAAGUCUGGCCAUGACUUUAAUUUUUUAUCGUAUAUUUUGAUUUUGCAUACAAUUCUGAAUAUCCUAUGUAUGAUGUUAAAAAAGUGGGUUCACACCCAGUAUAAACUUUUUUUUAGAGUGGCACAAAAGUAAAGUUGAGAGGCAUUUAUAAUCAAUCGUCCUGCAAAUGUGUUAGAGCCGUCACUAAAUUUCAGAAACUCCGAUAUUUUUAUUUUUAUGACCCACUUAUAGAAUAAUGAUUUUAAUAUAAUGUAUUUUGAUUUGAUUUCAAACAAAUAUAAGUCUGAAGUUUCAUUUAAAACUAUCACAGCAUAUAAGAAUAAGCCAUGUUAUUUGUAAGUAAGUUAUUGAUGUUAUUUAUUGUUAGGUGAUUGGAUUUUUAAAUUUCAAAAAUGUAUCAACUUUUGUCUGGAACACUAGUAUGGAGAAUUUUUUUCACACUGCCAUUGUUUGCUGCAUAUUCUUGAAAAAUAUAUUGAGAGUUUCAACGAGAAA